UGAUGUGGGAUUUCUUAUUUCUGUUCUUUUACUUUUCUUUUGACGGCUUGGGUACACGCUAAAAGUAUAAAUUGGCUUUGUCUGGUGUAUGUGUAUUCUUUCUGAGAAUAGUAAUUGGGGUUGUUGUUUACCAUGGCUAAGUUGUGACAUUACAUUAAGAAGCAAAACUAGGCUUAAGGUAGUUCUGUGCUAUUAAAAAAAAUUUCAUGUUUAUCUGAUUUUUUUGUCUCUGCUACCAAAAAGAUGUAAAGGUUUUUAUGGCAAUCAAUUUACACAUUUUCUUUGUUACAGGGAGUGCUGAGCAGGGAAAGGGUGGUCAAAAUGGCAAUGAGAGCCAUAACCACUUCGCGACCGUGGCUGUUGCAAAUGUUAGCUCACUUGGGGAUAGCAUCUUGUUGAUAGUGGCCUUGUGUUUCCACUCUGUCUUUGAGGGCAUUGCAAUUGGAGUCGCUGACACUAAAGCCGAUGCUUGGAAAGCCUUAUGGACAAUUUCUCUGCACAAGGUAUUUGCAGCCAUUGCCAUGGGCAUUGCUCUCCUUCGAAUGAUGCCUAACCGUCCCCUCUUAUCGUGCGCUGCCUAUGCUUUUGCAUUCGCUAUUUCAAGUCCUAUCGGUGUGGCCAUCGGAAUCCUAAUAGAUGCGACAACCCAAGGAGCUACGGCAGAUUGGAUAUUUGCGAUUUCAAUGGGUGUAGCAUGUGGAGUGUUCAUCUAUGUAGCAGUAAACCAUCUAUUGGCGAAAGGUUAUAAACCCGACAAAGCAGUUUCCAUCGACAAACCCCAUUACAAGUUUUUGGCAGUUUUGUUGGGUGUCGGGGUAAUAGCUGUUGUGAUGAUUUGGGACACUUGAAGCCAUGCCAAAGAUGGUUCCUGCACGAUUUGUUAGUGGAAUACGGCAUUUUGAAGCGUAGAUAGCAGCAAAGCAAGUGUGAUAGAUUAUAGACACCUGAUUUUUUUUUUUUGGCAUAAUUUUUUGCUAUCAUAAGUUAUUAGUUAAAGUUGUAGGGCUCUUAACAGAUCUCCAAGAAUGCUUAUUUGUAACAUAGUCAAAUUCUUAUGCUGUUUACGCAUCU